AAAGUCUCUCAGCGAUCUUUGCCACAUUCCUAAGAAAUUGCGAUGAUUUCUUAAUUUGAAUAGAAUUCUUAGAAGCCGCCCUUCCCUGAUAGGAGAUUUCGAGGAAUUCGAAGGGUAAAGGGAGCGAUUUCCUUUGAAUUACCGUCGGAAUGCUUUGGCAGGGCGAUUCUUUUUGAGGAAUUUUGCUUUUUUCCUCGGCGGAAUUUCAUCAAAGAGGUCGAGAGAUUAAGAUUUUAUUGCUGGGUCCCCGAUCGAGGGUUGGUUGAAUUGGUUUCGAGAGUUGGCGAGUGUCUGCCUAUUUUGGACGGGGAGGUUGAAGAAAUCUCUGGUAUCUCUCAAAAGUAGAUGGUACAGAGUCUUCUUCAAGCUGCGUGAAUGAUUAGAAAUGAAUGAAGAGGAGAGGUUCCUUCUCUGUCCUUAUGAGGAACACAAUGAACUGCUUGUGUUCUGGUGAACAAAUGCAAGUCAACGAAAUGACCCAAUCAACUGAGUUCUUGUCCACAAAGGAUGUCUCGGUAGACCAAUAUACUCAACAAAAUAGUGAGAUUGAACAAAGGGUUGACAUUGGAAACAUUGAAGAAGCGGAGUCAUCUCUUCGUGAAGGUCUCUGCUUGAAUUAUGAGGAAGCAAGAGCCUUGCUUGGCAGGCUGGAGUAUCAAAGAGGAAAUGUAGAAGCUGCACUUCGUGUUUUUGAUGGCAUAGAUCUUGCUUCAGUGGCUCCUAAGAUAAGGUCCACGAUAAAUAAAAGAAUGGAACACCACAAGAAUCAUACAAACUGGGAUGCUCGGCCAAUGUCCAUACAUGCAGUUGGCUUACUUCUUGAAGCAGUGUAUUUAAAAGCAAGAGCAUUGCAAGAUCUGGGAAGGUUUAAAGAAGCUGCUCAAUCAUGCAACAUUGUCCUGGACACUUUAGAGUCUGCUUUAACUGAUGGCUCUGUGGGGAACUUUCUUACUGAUAGUAAGUUACAGGAGAUAGUACGCAGGGCGGUUGAGUUACUUCCAGAGCUAUGGAAACUGGCUGGGUUUUCCCAUGAGGUCAUCUUAUCUUACCGGAGAGCCCUUCUUGGACACUGGAAUCUUGAUGCUGUCACCACAGCAAAGAUACAAAAGGAAUUUGCUAUUUUUCUUCUUUAUGGAGGCUUUGAUGCAAGCCCCCCUAACCUUCGUUUUCAAAUGGAUGGCGCUUUUAUUCCUAGGAACAAUAUAGAAGAGGCUGUUCUUCUGUUAACUAUUCUACUGAGAAAGUUUUCUCUGAAGAGAAUUGAAUGGGACCCAUCUAUUCUUCAUCAUCUGACUUUUGCGCUAGCCAUAUCAGGGCAGUUAGGUUCACUGGCCAAUCAGGUAGAAGAAUUACUACCUGGUGCCCUAGAUAGGAAAACCCAAUACUAUACUCUUGCUUUGUGUUAUUUGGGGGAAAAUGAUGAUCUUACUGCUUUGAAUCUACUGAGAAAGCUACUGAGUGCUUCAGAGGAUCCAAAUUGUGUGAAAGCAUUGUUACUUGCUUCUAAAGUUUGUGGUGAGAAUAUUUCGUGUGCAGAAGAUGGUGUUAUGUUUGCACGCAGGGCUCUCACCAACUUGCAUGGUUGCUGUGGCCAAAUUGAAAGUCUAGCUAAUUGUUUACUUGGAAUUUCUCUUUCAACUCAGGCUAGGUCUUCUAGUUCUGACUCAGAGAGGGUUUUAAGGCAGUCUGAGGCAAUUUACUCGCUUGAAAAAGCUGAAAAAGUGGUCCCUGGGAAAGAUUAUAGGAUCUUAUAUAAUCUAAGCUUGGAAAAUGCUGAACAAAGAAAGUUGGAUUCAGCUCUUCGUUAUGCCAAACAGCUCAUGCAACUUGAAGCUGGAUCAAAUAUUGAAGGAUGGAUUCUUUUAGCUCGAAUAUUGUCUGCACAGAAGCGGUUUGUUGAUGCUGAAACUAUUAUUAAUGCUGCUUUGGAACAAACAGGAAAAUGGAAUCACGGGGUAUUGUUGAGGACUAAAGCUAAAAUUCAAAUCGCACAAGGGCAAUUGAAGAAUGCAAUUGAGACAUAUACUCAUCUUCUUGCAGUAAUUCAGUUGAAGACUAAAAGUUUUGGCUUUGGACUAGCAACUUUGAAGGGUGGAAAAAUUGAUAGAAGUUUGGAACUUCAGACUUGGUAUGAUCUUACUAAUGUCUACAUAAGCAUGUCACAAUGGAGGGAUGCUGAAGUUUGCUUAAAAAAUUUCAAAGCUAUUAAUCCUUAUUCUGCUUUAGCAUGGCAUGCAACAGGACAGUUAUAUGAAGCAAAGGGCCUCCUUAAAGAAGCUCAAGGAGCAUAUGCUAAAGCCUUGGACAUAGAACCAGGCCAUGUCCCUAGCUUGGUCUCCACUGCGAUUGUCCUUAGAGAUCUAAAUGACACUUCAUUGGCCGUCAUCAAAGGCUUCCUCACUGAUGCACUUCGACUUGACCACGCUAACCAUAUUGCUUGGUUCAAUCUUGGUCUAAUUUAUAAAGCUGAAAAUCCAAGGUUGGCACUUGAAGCUUCUGAGUGUUUUCAGGCUGCCACUCUCCUUGAAGAGACUGCACCAGUUGAACCUUUCAGAUGACGUCUUCCACAACAAUCAAACUCUGAAACCAAGCUGCUGCUAUCUGCUCUAGUUGGGCUAUUUUCAUUGGCAGCCUUCUAUCUGAUGGAUGGAAAGCAUCCUUAGUCGUAAGCAGCUGGUUUACUCAAGGAUUCUGGGAAGAUUCGAGUGGUUUAAAGAUGUGGCCAAUGCCAGAAACUUACAUUGAUGGCAGUGGUGAAACUGGACCGUCUCCCUGGGUGAAUUGAAUUUAGGCGAAGUACGACAUUGUGAAUUGUUUUCCGAUGAUCUUUUUCUAAGGAGUUUGACGAUCAGUUCCAUUUACCCAAUGAGCUUCUCGUGUUUAUUGAUGCAUAUAGUUUAUACCUACCUCUCUAUGCUUGUCGGAAAACACGAAGCAAAAAACUCAUGGAGAAUGAGAAUAGGCCAAUAAGAUGUGUUUAUCAGCCUUUUCUAUGCCUUGCUAGUAGAGGAGACAUGAUCUGUUUUAGUAGUCUUGAUCAAUUAUCUUAUUGGAGGUUUAUAUUUUAUUUUAAACAAUUCUCACUCGUCAAGAAAAUAAUGCUUGAGAAGAGAGAUA